CCAUCCGUCAUUCCUCUCAGUACAACAUCGCUUUGGCCUUUUGCUUUAGCUUUUGGUUUGCUUGAGCAAGGAGUCAAGGAGUGAGGAAAAGAAGAAGAAGAAGUAUUCUAUUGUAUUCAAUUCAGGAGAGUCACAAACACAAACGCAAAUCAAUCAAUCAAUCAAUCAAGGACGAUGGCAGGGGAGGCCGAGUUCGAUAUUAAGGACGAGAAGAACCCUCGCCCUCUCGAUGAGGACGAUAUUGCUCUGCUCAAGACUUAUGGUUUGGGUCCCUAUUCUAAUAGUAUCAAGAAAGUAGAGAAGGAAAUUAAGGACAUGGCUAAGAAGGUCAAUGAUUUGUGUGGUAUUAAGGAGUCUGACACUGGCUUAGCUGCACCAAGCCAGUGGGAUCUGGUAUCUGAUAAGCAAAUGAUGCAAGAGGAGCAGCCUCUGCAGGUGGCAAGAUGUACAAAGAUCAUUAAUCCAAACACUGAAGAUGCCAAAUAUGUAAUAAAUGUUAAGCAAAUUGCGAAGUUUGUUGUUGGGUUGGGUGACAAAGUUUCCCCAACUGACAUAGAAGAAGGCAUGCGUGUGGGGGUUGAUCGCAAUAAAUAUCAGAUACAGAUUCCCUUGCCACCUAAAAUUGAUCCAAGUGUGACCAUGAUGACAGUGGAGGAAAAGCCUGAUGUGACCUACAAUGAUGUUGGUGGAUGCAAGGAGCAAAUUGAAAAGAUGCGAGAAGUUGUUGAGCUGCCAAUGCUUCAUCCAGAAAAAUUUGUUAAGCUUGGAAUUGAUCCUCCCAAAGGUGUCCUUUGCUAUGGUCCUCCAGGAACAGGUAAAACACUUCUAGCUCGAGCAGUGGCAAAUAGAACUGAUGCUUGUUUCAUUCGAGUUAUUGGGAGUGAGCUUGUUCAGAAAUAUGUUGGUGAGGGAGCUCGGAUGGUUCGAGAACUAUUCCAGAUGGCACGUUCAAAGAAGGCUUGCAUUGUAUUUUUUGACGAAGUAGAUGCCAUUGGAGGGGCUCGUUUUGAUGAUGGUGUAGGUGGGGAUAAUGAAGUUCAAAGAACAAUGCUGGAAAUUGUCAAUCAACUGGAUGGCUUUGAUGCUCGUGGAAACAUCAAAGUCCUAAUGGCUACAAAUAGGCCUGACACGCUAGAUCCAGCACUUCUACGGCCUGGACGAUUGGAUCGUAAGGUCGAGUUUGGCCUUCCUGAUAUGGAGAGUCGGACACAAAUAUUUAAGAUCCACACGCGAACGAUGAACUGUGAAAGAGAUGUCCGAUUUGAACUUUUGGCUCGGCUUUGCCCAAAUUCCACUGGUGCCGAUAUAAGGAGUGUGUGCACAGAAGCUGGCAUGUUUGCCAUCCGAGCACGGAGAAAGACUGUGACAGAGAAAGACUUCCUCGAUGCAGUGAACAAGGUCAUCAAGGGAUACCAGAAGUUCAGUGCAACACCCAAGUACAUGGUCUACAACUGAGUCAGCUGUUUUGCUUCACUCCGCUUCACUUCCUAAGAAAAACCUUGAAAGCAGUUAUAGGCCUUUCGAAUGAGGCAUGAUAUGAGCCAUAUCCAUGUGGUUCUUUCAUUGAACUUGGACUUGCCUCUGCUCGGAUUGUAGCAUUUAUUAUUUGGCUGCAUAGCUUAUAGAAUAAUUCUAUUUCUGUGGGUUUCUCCAUGUAAACUAGUGAAAGUGUAUCAAACUAUGCUCUGCUAUAACAUUAUUCAGUGACUAUUCCUUUGCUGUCA